AUGAGCGUGCAUUCAAAGAUGUUACUUUUCAAGGCCACCCUUUCUCUGUCUGUUGUAACAUUAGCUGUUGGAUUCUUUGAGUGGAAAAAUUGUGGUAAGUAUAUGCCUGCAAACAAUAAGUUUUACUUUGUUUCGUUUACAUAGCAAUUGGAAUAGGCAGUAUAGAGGAAAAAAUUAGCGAGGCUCGGCAGCGAGGCAUAGCGGUAGAGUUUGUACUUUCAUGGUUGCCCGCCGAACAAUUUGUUGUUUGCGUUCGAUUUUUCACCUUGCAUUGACCAACUUUUAACCCAGUUACAAAAUGACAGAAAUGCCUUUGGUAUUGGCUCUUGCCAACACAGGGAUAUAGCUUUCAUUGAUAUUUCCCUUUUGCAUGUAGUACUGCAUGAAUAACAAGUACUUUGUAUAAAAUUAUGUGGCUAUAAUUUGCUAUUAAAGUGAUAUCUCAAGCACCUUCCUCGAACUCCCAUGGGACAAAACGCCUUGAAAGUCUGACAAACCUUCCGAAUAUAGUCUCUUUGCGGCAAACUAGAAAUAGUUGAGAACGGCAAUAAGUAACUAGAAAGCAUACACAUGCAUGCGAGCUGUGCGAUAUAUAAUAAAGCACAUGCAGCAUUCGUCUUGCAAUCCAAAUUUGUUAUGCAAAAUGUUUUAGGCAUGCACAGCUGCAAAUUAAGGGCCUAUUUUAAGUAAAGGCGGGUGAGGGCGGUUGCCUGCCUUGAUAUUCUAAUUCAUACUAUAGCACAACGAAAGUUUUCACUGAAGCUAAUCUCAUACAAACACUAUAUUUGUGAUAAAUGUUUCGUGCGGGCUGCUGCUAUAUUGACAUUAGAGAGUUUUGCAACCUAGAACGGCAACGACAACGGCAUGCGCAACGGGGAAAAUAUAAUUGCUUAUAUUGUUGUAUUUGAGCCAAAAUAUACGUUACUGCACUUAAUUUGCCUCUUUUUAAAAGUUUUCCUGUUUCUUUCAAACGUACCCUUAAGUAAAAAUAGUCCUCGAUCUCAAAUAAAACACCUCAAAUAAUAUCGAACGAACUAACUGUUGCCGUAGUCAUGCACCGUGAAAAUGUGCAAAUCACGUACUAGUUUCAACAACUACGGCAUUGCACAACGCUUAAGACCAUGUAAUUUACAUUCGCCUUUGUCUUUGAGGAUUAAUGCUAUUGUUGAUGACCAUAUUGCCGUUGCCAUUGCCCUUGUAUUUGCCAAACUCUCUAUUUCAACAGCUGAAACGCAGGUUAUAAUCCAUUAUUCAUACAUUGUUUAUUAUAAGUAAUAGCAUGGCGUUUCGGGAGAUUAGUGAUUAAAUUGCCCCGUAACUCGAGGCAGGUUUGCGGAAUCCCCGAAUCGCCCGCUACAGCGGGCCUGUUGAAACAAAAGAAACCCGGGCAACUAUGCUAAUAGAGAGGUUAAGAUACCCGGUUUCGGUGUACGGGUAAGGGAAGCAUGAUUUUGGUUAGCCAUAUUUUCGUCGUUGUCUGUAGCUUUACUCGUAAUUAAGGUGCGCAUUUUUCGCAUUAUAUCAUUGUCUAUUGCAAGAAAACAGAAAAAGUAUGAUCGAAUUACAGACAUCAGUAAAACAAGAUGACACUACUCGUACCCGUACACCGAAACCGGGGUAUCUUAACCUCUCUAUUAUCUAAAUUAAAGUCUGCAUGCAUUGUUUACUGAAUUCAUAGCAGCUAUGACUAGAGCAACAAGCUUGCACAACUCUAUUGUGUUUAAAAAGAAUAUUCUGUUCUUAAAGCUUUCCUCGCAGAACUUUGACUUCUUGGAUGAUCACUGCAGGGGAGGAGGAAAAGGAACGUUAGCCGUAUCUGUGAGAGACAUUUUUGUCACGAUUCUCCAGUUUUUGAUGUCCAUGUCUUCUGCUCCAAUUUUGGAGGACAAAUAUAGCAGAAAUUAUAGUAAAUCUUCGAAAUGAAUUGUUCGGACGAAAUUUCAAACAAAACCAUCUCCAAAUGUACUUAACAAAACUGAUGGCGUGGUUGUGCUUACAUACGAUCAGCCUUUGGGGCUUCAGUUUAUAUGAUCUGAUAGUCGCAUUGGGCCAGUCGCAUUCAUUUAGUAUAUCAUAUUUUACAAGUAUAGCAGUUCAAAAUGUAAACAAAGCGUUUGUUAAUUACGGAUUUUACAACAUCUUUAAAUUAAGCAAAAUUCCACUGACAGUUUCCCGUAAUAUAAUUAAUGAUUUUUUGCAGACCUGCAAUAGAGUCUUAAAUUUGUCAUGAACUGUGACUGCAGUAACAAACAAGUGCCGCAAACGCCUAUAUUAGAACAUACCUUUUCCUUUUAUCAUUUUUACCAUUUUAUCAACUGAAUUGAAAGAAAAGCUGAAAUUUGUUGUCGCAUAUCGUGGAAUGAUACAAGAAGAAUUUCUGUCGCUUGCUUUAAAAAAUGAACACUGAAAGAUAAUUAUUAAUGUCAUUCUCGGGAGAAAUCUAAUACUAAUUGUGACGCGCAUUUAUUUGAAGGUUUCGAUUUAUUUAGUAGAUAGGGUUAAUCAUCUCUCCAUGCAACGGAACUCAAACGUGCCCGACGUGUGAUUGCAUGGUGAGGGAGGGAAAUUCGUGUACUCGAAGAAAAGCCUUCGAAGCACAGGAGAGAACCAACCGCAACUGUACAAGCGGUAAUUGCAAGAGUUUCCAAGCGCAUCAACUAUAUCAAAGCUGGUUAGUCACCCCGACCAUUAAGUAAAAAUACGACCAUAUACCAUGAGGGGCCUUCAGUAUAUAGCGCUAAGGGACAGCGCGUUAUCUUCCACAAAUGCUUCCCACCGUAGCUGAAGGAUGAGAAAUAGGCGGUGUAAUAAUAUUGAUUGGGGAGGAUACGGGAGGUCCGAGGGCAUAUACCCUCUGUGUUUGAGGAAGAUUUGAUUUGCAGAAAUUGAGGAAGAUUUGAUUUGCAGAAAUCUGUCAGUUCAGGCCACAAUUUGGAAUCAUGCACAUAUUUAAUAUUGGUGAUAAACUUUUGGUUAUCUUUGAAAGGGCUUAGCUACCGACUUUCCCCCAACAAAACCUCCUUGUUAUACCCCUUUCCGCCACGAACAUGCAGAUAUUUAAAACUUCUAAUAAAAACACAUUUCUAAAAAGCUCUUCCUACAAUGUCUAUCAUGCAAAUUUUAUCCGUUUAUCAGUGAAACCAAUCAACGAAUCUGUUCCAAAAACAGUCAAAGUGCAUGGCUGUGAAGACCAGAAAGAAGUUUCCUUAUCCUGCGCUCCUGGUAGAAAGAUUGCAGUCACGAAAGCUUUCUUUGGCCACGGAAAUGGCUACAAAGCUACCUGUGACAGUGAUUGGAUAUCCCAAAACUGCCGAACAAUUGGAGUGAAAGACAAGGUGAAAUUUUUGUGCCAGGGAAAACAGUCGUGUAAAAUCAAUCCAAGAGAAGAUGUCCUUGGAGAUACGUCCUGCUUGUUUGGACUUGAUGCAGAUCUGUUUAUUGAUUAUGUCUGCAAUCCAGGUAAUCGUUAAUUAUUUUUUUCAACUUCUGGCAAUUGAUUGAUUUUCCGGACCAAGUAAUUAACUAAACUCGGACAAUACACGAGCUGAAAAACAAUGUACAGCUUAACCAAUAUUUGCUUUACUGCUUUCCUAUUUUAUGAACCAUUUUUAGCAUUUAUAUUAAUUUUUGAUAAUGCUCUUUCAAUAUACCUGAUUGAACAAUUGAUAUGACCAUGCCUGGAUUAUGUAACAAAUCCUUACGUCUUAAUUGGGCUGAUCUAUGACGAUGUAACUGCACGAAAUAUUUACCUUAAUCAAGAUACUAUAAUAUUCUAAUGAAGCUCAAUUUGCAACAUAGUAUAUAUUAUGAUACUUAUAAGUUUCGUAAACAAAUUAUUGGGUUUUUUUGUAUUGGUGUAAUGUACACAGGUGAAAUGAUGCUUGUGAUGUUACUCCGAGUGAAUAUCCACACCGGGCAAGGUUGAAAAAUAUGCCUGGCUACGGCGGGAAUCGAACCUACGACCUUUGGAAUACUAGCCCAAUGUUCUGCCAACUGAGCUAUGCGGUUAGGUCGGUUCGAGUAUGUGAUGUAGCAAUUAUAAAUUAUUGUUGUUCCAAAUUUAGCGAAGUUCCAAAAUCAAAUGUAUCUUAAUUGAUUCCCAUUUGCUUUCGUUUGGAACUUACAUAUGUACAAGAACCUUCCUAUCCAUAUUAGAAAAUUUGCGCAUUCUGACUGAACGAUAUUUGAUUGAUCAUCCAUUGGUAGGAGGGCAAGCUGUCGUGCUUUACUGGUAUCUCUACAGGGCCGCAGGGCUGUGCGCACUAGUGUCGUCAGGUUUAGAUUAAUGUUACCGGUUAGAUUAGGGUCAGAUUGAGGUUAAAUUUGGGUUUUGGUUCAAUUUCAUUGAGUAUAAAGUGACACGGGUGGUGAAAAAGAGAACUUUGCCAUUCUUGCUCGUGGCCCCUAUUACUGUUCCCUCCAACUCAGCUCCCAGUCAAUAACUGUUGAUUCUUAUAAUUUUCUGAUUUACAGUGUAUAUCAACGACGUAAUAUCCAUCAUGUCAAUGAAAAUAACACCAAGCCCUCUCAUCUUACCUGGAAAAAUUAGUGCAUCUAUAUCCUUGUUGGUCAAAAGACGUCUUUUAUCGACGACUAAACUCAAGCUUGACGUCGAGAAGAAAGUACUUGGGGCGGCAUGGAUAUCUAUUCCUUGUGUUUCUAAUUAUGGAUCUUGGUAAGAAAAUCUUUACUCUGGUUAGCUAGGAAGUUCGAAUUAGUAUAGGAAUAUUAUUGUUACCAUGUUACCAUGCAACCUUGGAAAGCUUGUGUUCGAAACAAUGUACUUGUUCCCUCUAAAGCAAUAAUGUUUCCAAACAAAUAUACAAACAUAAUUAUUUUGUGCCUGGGGUCGGUUAUACAAGGGCUAUAGAUAGUAUUACUGAUCCACCGGAUAGUUAAUUUUACAACCUUCAAAUUUAAUUUUGGUAAAAUUACCUGAACUCAUGCAUGCGCUGUGAUAUGUGAAACUACAGAAUGAUGUGGACCCUACAAGAAGUAAAAGUAUCCUCUAACAAACUUAUAAAAUAAUUGAUACUAAAUUUUAAUCUAAGUUAUGUUGUACCAACCACAGUUAAUGCAUGUACUAACCAACUACCAAUUUAACAAAUCAUAAGAUGACCACUAGCUAUCUGGUUACGGUGUGAGUUUCAAUUGUUGAAACCAUCAACAAACAUGGUUAGGAAACAGUACUAAUGUUCUGUAAACUUUCUACAUUGAGAAUAGGAAAGUGAAUGAAAUCCAAUUCAAAUUAUAACCUUUCGUUUCUAAUUAUUACUAUAGGCGAGGAACAUAAACAUUCGGAAACAUAAAUAUUCGGAUAAAAGCGACUGUAUAGGCCGAAAGUCAUUAAUUUCGAUCACCUUCCUUCUGAUGUGAAAAUGAAAUCCUUUCCCUACCACUACAAAUAUUUAUGCAUCUUAAAAAUGCAUGCGCAAUUGAAUUUUUUCCGGCUGGUCACGAUAAGUGCAGAGAAUAAACUCUCCCUAAUUCGUGGCAGCCUUCGUAGUUGGUGUUUAUUUGGGGGUCGGGCCGGUAGAGACGAAAAUUUAUUUAUCGCCGCAGCCAGCCAACACCCACAAAUAAGUACCUGCUAUACGCAGGCUGGUUUUCUGUAUGCCCAGGAAGUUAGGAAUAUAUGUUGCCUGUUAAAACAACGUAAAUCUUGGGUUGCAUAUCACAAAGACGGAGGAAAACAGGAUUUUCAUUUUUGCUUCUUUAUUUUUGUAGCACGUACGAUAACUUCUGUGAGAUUCUUCGAAGCAUGAUGUUUAGUAAAUGCGACGAGGAGAUGGAAAACAAAGGCAUUCCCUGUGACUGUCCAAUACCUACUGGAUUGUUUAGCGUCCCUUCCCAAACCAUCACCGUUACAAAGGAACAGAUCAACCAAUUGCCAAGUGCACUCAACUGGUUCGUAGAGGUAAGUAGUUAUAAAGAAACGUACUAAACCACCCAUCUGAAAUAAUCCGUGGUUUUUAUUUUUGGUUUGAGUUGUUGUCUAUUUUUACAGUUUAUCGCCAAAUUUUGGAUUUGUACUUGUCGCUCGAAAGUACUUGCAGUGUUGAAAGUUUUCUGGAAAUUUCCAGUGAAAAACUAUAUGCAGUUAAGCAUAUAUGUAAGAACUGGUCGAAAGCGACUGCAAAAAAUACAAUACGAUCUUAUGAAUUACUUAUUCACUUCGAUCCGCUACGGUCCAGAGGUUCACCUGCAGACUGAUACAGAGUACUAA